CGACAACCCCGUAGCAGGCACGUCUCCCCGGAAGUCAGCCCAGUCUCCUCUCCUCCACCACUGACUAUGGUUGCCGAUGAGGACGUACCGUCGAGGGACCACCCCGACGCAGUUGUCCAAGCCCCUCAACCUUUCGUCCACCCUUCUGUCUCACGGCUCCGCUCUUUUCUUCCGACGAGUCCUGCUCAAUCCGCAAACCUUGGUCUCCCGUCUGAUUCCCUCACACCAGCAGGAGGCUAUUCUCCAUUGUCACAUGUCUCCAAUCUUUCUAGGGCAUCCACACCACUUCGUCAUGACGGCGACUUGACAGUAGACAGCGAGACAUUCAGGUGGACCUCUCUGCAGACUGUUACCGGUCAACUAUUCGGAAAACGCCAGUCCAAAGCUGCACUCUUGUUAGGUGCUUCUAAUUUGGGUUCCCCGACCGUGCUGGCCGCGAAUGGUCUCAUCUGCGUGGGUACGGACGCUGGUCGCAUAUUUGUCUUCGAUUUUAAGCAGACGUUAUUGUGUACGUGUGGGAAUGAUUCAGGUAAUUCCAGUAAUGUGGGAUCCGUAUCGGCGCUCGCGCUGUCCCAUGAUUACACUUACGUCGCGUCCGGACACGAUUCAGGUUAUGUCCAGCUCUUCAAUCUGAAGAAUCCUUAUUCGCCAACGCGCAUUAUCGCACCGGCGUCCCUUCCGCGAGUGCUGUCUGGCAAGCAAGAGGGCCACCUUGCUGGCUCCCGCGUUGUUGAUGUAGCUUUCGUUGCGAGUCGGCACACUGCCAUUGUUAGUGCUGACGAGCACGGUCUUGCCUUCUACCACAACCUGGGCAAGGUCCUGUUUGUAGAGGCCUCCGAUACCAUCCGCAUCCUUGGAAACUACCCUCAAAGUGGACCCACAGAAGGAAGUAGUCUCCAAUCCCGUUCUUUUCGCCGUUGGCGACUCCGCAACCCAGUGCUUUCUAUGGCAGCACUCCCUCCUGGUACUGCUCCGCAUCCGACUGACGCAUAUCAACUGGUUGCAAUGUUGACUCCAUCGAAGUUGAUUGUGGUUGGCAUGAGGCCGACACCGAAGACUUGGCUCAAGCACCUGCGAGAGGGCACACCCGACACCACUGUGUCGGAUCGAUGUCGCGGUAUUCUAGCGUGGUCUCCAAGCACCAAAGCUAGUCAAGACAAAAAGGAUGAUAUCGGUGAAUCGACCCCUCCGGUCAUAGCAUAUUCGUGGGGAAAGGUAAUUCAACUUAUGCGGGUAUCGGAAACGAAGAUAAAGCAAGUGGUGACAAGUUCACGCACUGGCAAGAAGCGCGAAGUCGACGUUGGGACUCUCGUUUUCCAAACUUUUGGGAAGUGGGUAGCAGAGGAUGCUGUGCUUGCGUUACAAUGGCUUAAUGUGAAUCAACUUGUGGCGUUCACUGCCGUAAGCCUUCUUGUGUAUGAUGUCCGGACCGCCGACGCAAUAGAGCACGUUCCAUUUGACACCUCUACUGUGUUGCCUCGCAUUCGGAACCAUGCAAAUUAUAGGGACCUGGAGUCCAUCGGUGGCAUCGCUCAUGCCGUCAGAACUCACAAAGGCAAGGUAUUUCUCUUGGAAUGCGAACAAGUCCGAGUGGGAACAUUAUCCACCUGGGCCGACAAAAUUCUGACAUGCGUUGAACGGGGUGACUUCUUGAAAGCCAUUGAAAUUACACGCGCAUACUACACGGGGGAAGCGCCGGGCAAUCGCAACGGUCUACCAGAUGAUCCCGAAGAACGCACUGCUAUCUUGCGAAACAGGCUUCGCGAGUUGAUGGUCGCAUCUACUCGUUACGUGUUUUCGGAAGAUAGGAUGACAGACGGAACGCAUUUUAGUCCUGACGGACGUGGCGUCGAUAGGACCUCCGUCUUUGAGGGGUUGGUCGUGACUUGUGCGCGCGCUUGUAUUGCCUUGUCAAAUUAUGACUUCCUCUUCGAAGAGCUGUUCCAGUACUUUGACAACUCGGGGAUAUCACAAAUAUAUCUUGGACAACUCGAGGGCUUUGUUUUAGACGGCACGAUACGCUCCAUCCCACCGUGGAUAACUCAACGGCUAGUUGCACUCCACGAUGGCAGCGGACGCCUGGAUUUGGCAGAACGCAUCAUAUGGCACAUCGAACCUGCAUGCCUGGAUAUCAACCAAGCUAUUCGACUUUGCCAGGCUAACGAGCUCUGGGACGCUCUCAUCUACGUCUACACUCGUGCAUUACAUGAUUAUGUCUCGCCGAUCGUAGAGCUUCUGUCCCUCAUUCGAAAGACGCUGGCCUGCAGACAGCGAACAAAUACAGCUAGCCGGACAGAUUCGGAUUCUAAGUAUGCUUAUAAGAUCUUCCCAUAUCUCAUUAACAUCUUGAGUGGCCAAGCUUAUCCUAGCGGAGAGCCCCUAGAUAUCGAUGAAGCACAUACGGCCAUGAAAGAUAUCUACCGCUUUAUCUUCGAUGGUCGCUCAGCCAUCUGGCCGCUUCAGGGAGGUACUCUUAUCCUCACAAGUGAUGAUAGCGGGAUGGAACCAACGUAUCCUUACGCACGAUUACUGUUGCGUUUUGAUGCCGAAUCAUUCCUCCACUGCCUAGAUCUCGCAUUCGAAAGUUCGUUCUUCAACGAGGACGAGGAGUCUCAUGACAUCAGCAGAUUGUGGAUUGUCACUAUUCUUUCGGAUAUCGUAUCCGACAGCAAUCUCACCCCGUCUGACGUCACCUUCGUGGACAUAUUCAUCGCUCGUAAUGUCCCAAAAUAUCCACAGGACAUCAUACAACCUCCCAGUACACUCCAAAACAUUCUCAUCUCCCUUGCGACUUCAACGGAUGUGAGCACCCGAGAGGAUCGUCAACUGGCGACGGAGUACCUUUUAUCUGCGUAUACCCCGCAUGAUAGCGUCCUCAUUAUGAAGCUCUUUGAGGACGCAGGUUUUUAUCGUAUUCUUCAACGUUGGCACAGGCAGGAACGGCGAUGGCCGCAACUUCUACAGUCCUAUCUGGAAGAUCCUGCCUUGGGGUCAGCCGACUUGUUCUUGUCCGUCGACGAAGUCCUUACCCUCUCAAUGCGAGGUAAUAAUAUGACGGUGCCUUCGGACAUGGUACAAAAACUAACCGGUGCCAUCGGGGCGCUUCUUGGAAGCAAUCUGCAAUUGACUGCCAUCUUGAUUGACAAAUUUGCUGCUACGCUGCACCAGAUAGCCCUUGACACCAUCGGCGCAACGGACCUACAGAAGCAAUACGAAUACCUUGUUUACCUUCUGGACCCUCGAAGCCGAGUAGAAGAGGAUGAUAAUAUCCUCCACCAUCGUCCCGAUCCGUCCAAUAUCGACAAGUCAUUGCAAAGGCUCUUCGUUACUUUACAGUGUCACUUUGCGCCGCCCAAUGUGAUCGACACUUUGGAUCGUAUGCGGAAUUACCUCGAUUGGUCCGCUGUCGAACAGAUAUGUGAGGAGAACCGAGCUUACGGAGCUGUCCUUUGGGCGUUGAGUCAAAGGGGUUUCAUACAAGCCGCGUUGAAGAAGGCUGCAGUUUUCGAAAAGCAGUUGACGUUCGACAUCGUGAGGACAUUAACAACAUCCGACGCGGACAGAGCGGACGUUAGUGACCAUCUCAACUCACUUCUGGAGAUUGGUCGCGGGAGUACAACUAUGUGCCUGGAGCAGUCCACUGCAUCGGGUUUCACGGGAGUAACACUCGAAGACAUGUGGUUCCAGCUCCUCGCAAGUCAAUUGCAAUCUAUUCAUACAAUCUCCACAUUGCAGACGUCUGGCUUGAAUGGUGCGCAAGAUGUUGCCAGGAACAAUGCACUAUCAACUUUACGUGCCCUCGUGCAAGAGACCUUCGCAUCGUUCGUCUCAAUUAGCUCCACCCGAGCAGUUUCGUUCCCUCGCAUAUUCAAACGUCUUGUCGACCCUGGGUUGUACACUGGGCCAUCUUCAGGCACUCCGUAUACGGAGUUUAGAACGAUCUUAACUAGCAUGUUGGAAUCCUAUCGAACCGAUGAGGACAUGCUGGUUAUUUCCAAGCAUCUUCUUAAUCGGAACGUCUUCGAUACCGUGGAAGAGUACACCAAAGAAAAGCUGAGGGGGUGGUCCGCUUCUCAGAGCAUCUGUACGCACUGCCAUACCUCCCUGUUACGACCCGACAUCACAAGCAACCAUACGGACACUACGCUCGUUAUAUCUCGGUCGGCGAUAUAUCACAGGCAAUGUCCAUCUUAG